AUGCCUGAAAGAAUGGAAAUAACUUGUAAGGGAGCAUGUAUUGAGCAAAAUCUGAACAUCGGUCAGGAGAAUGUUACAUUUGAUGUAAAAGAAGCUUCUGAUAUAGAUGAAUCUAUUGAAGGACAAGAUAUCAAUAUUCUAUCCUUUAGCUGCACAAGUGAACCUCAAGGCAGUGACCCAUCUGACAAAGAAUAUGCAGCAUCUGAUCUAUCAGAUAUGACAGAAGUUAAUGCUGAUGAUUAUGCUGAAUACAAUGCUCUACUUACUGAAAUACCUAUUGAUCUCAAAGAUAUAUAUCAAGAAUUUCCAUCAGAAGAAUAUGCGGAAUUUAUGCAUAUGUUAACACAGUUUUAUGUACAAGAUCCACUUGCUAACGUCUUUAUAAAAUUUUUCAACAAAUACUCAAAUCAUAAUGAUCAUCCAUUACUAUCAACAUCACAGACCAGACGAACAUUUAUAGAAAACCUAAAUCUUUCAAAUUUCGAAUAUGUAUUUGAACAUAGAACGAUGCUUGAUGGUGUACAACAACUAUUAAUGAAUAAAAGUAUUACAGAAAAUUUUAUAUUUAAAUACAAAUCAUCUAUUAAAAUUACAUCAAAUCAAUGUCAAUACACAGAUAUGUAUGAUUCUAAUUGGUGGAGAAAUGUAGAACAAAAUCUUCCAAUAAGAGCGCACGUAAUGCCUAUUAUAUUGUAUGCUUAUG